GAGGGAGCGCGCGCGCGCCCGCCUCAGUCAAUCAACCGCCGCCGCUGCCUCAGCAACGCCACACCCACUCUUCUGGUUCUAUGGCCACUGUGCGGGAAUGGUCCUGCACGCGCUGCACGUUCCUGAACCCCGUGGGCCAGCGCCAGUGCUCCAUCUGUGAGGCCCCCCGCCAGAAGCCUGACCUCAACCACAUCUUGCGCCUCAGCGUGGAGGAGCAGAAAUGGGCCUGCGCCCGCUGCACAUUCCGGAACUACCUGGGCAAAGAGACCUGCGAGGUGUGUGGCUUCACCCCGGAGCCAGGCCCCGGGGGCUCCCCGCUGCCCGUUAUCAACGGAGUCUUGCCCAAGCCCACUAUCUUGGCGGAGCCCAAGGGGACAUGUAAGGAGGAGAUUUCCAAAGCGGAAAGUGGCAGCGAGGACUCUGGGGGAAAGAGCCCAGAGGAGGCGGCCCUGGAGGAUGGCUGGGCUUGCCAGCGCUGCACCCUCCACAACACCCCUGUGGCCAGCUCCUGCUCUGCCUGUGGGGGGCCCCGCAAGCUCUCGCUGCCCAAGAUCCCUCCAGAGGCGCUGGUCGUCCCUGAAGUCAUCGCUCCAGCUGGCUUCCACAUAACUCCCACCGCCCCUCAGCCCAGCUCCGCUAUGGAGACCACAGAGAGCCAUCCCAUUGCCAACCCGGGUGCCACCGCCCUAGAGCAGGACAGCCAGAAGAUGCCAAGCUUUAGCCUUUUCUCCCCUGGCCUCCAAAACAACCCUGUUCCCCGCAGCCGCCGAGAGGUGCCCCCACAGUUGCAACCACCAGCCCCCGAUACCUCCCAGCCCGCCUCCCCACCCGCGCCCGUGCAGAAGGCCAUCCGCUUCCAAGAGCUGAUGGCGACCAAGCGGCUAAGCGCGCUGGAGGAAGAAAUGGACGUGAGCCCCUCGCACUGGAAAUGCAACUCCUGCUCCCUUCUCAACGCAUCAGGGACCAGCACAUGUGGCGCCUGUAACAACCAGAAGGGCAGCGACACCAUUGACCUGACCGGGGACACUGUGCGCUUCACUCCCUGCGGCCCAUCCAGCCCUGACUUCACCACCUGGUCAUGUUCGAAAUGCACCUUGAAGAACCCCACUGCCUCUCAGAAGUGCAAGGUGUGUGGCUCCUCAAAGCUUCACGGCUUCCAAGAACACGAGCUGGCCACCAAGUGCCCAGAGUGCGGCUCAGACAAGGGUACCUGCCCAGCAUGCAGCUCCAAAGCCCCUUCGGCACGCAAAGUGGCCCGCCUCUUCCCCUUGCAGCUGCCAGCGACCCCGGAGACACUCAGCCAGUGGCCCUGCCCAGCCUGCACCCUGCUGAAUGAGCUCAAGGCCAAGCACUGUGUUGCCUGCCACACACCCCAGGGCUACAUGGCGCAACACAAGGGUGCCAAGCUGCUCAGACGCCGCGAGAGCAUGCACGUGGAGAAGCGGCGUCAGACCGAUGAGGGCGAGGCCAAGGCACUCUGGGAAAAUAUUGUCUCCUUCUGUCAAGAGAACAAGGUCAACUUCGUGGAUGACAGUUUCCCACCUGGGCCCAAGUCGGUCGGCUUCCCUGAAGGGGACAGCGUCCAGCAGCGGGUCAAGCAGUGGCUGAGGCCUCAUGAAAUCAAUUGCAGCAUCUUCAAGGACCGUUCGGUCAAGUGGUCCGUCUUCCGGACGCCCCGGCCCUCUGACAUCCUGCAAGGACUCUUAGGGAACUGCUGGUUCCUGAGUGCUCUGGCAGUGCUGGCGGAGAGGCCCGAGUUGGUGGAGAGGGUCAUGAUCACUCGGACCAUAUGCCCAGAGGGGGCCUACCAGGUGCGGCUUUGUAAAGACGGCACCUGGACCACCGUGCUGGUGGACGACAUGCUUCCCUGUGACGAGUGUGGCUACCUCCUCUUCUCUCAGGCCCAGAGGAAGCAGCUGUGGGUGGCCCUUAUUGAGAAGGCCCUGGCCAAACUCCACGGUUCGUACUUUGCCCUCCAGGCGGGGCGCGCCAUCGAAGGCCUGGCUACGCUCACUGGCGCCCCCUGCGAGAGUCUGAUGCUGCAGGUCAGCUCCACUAACCCUCGCGAGGAGUCCAUUGACACUGACCUCAUCUGGGCCAAAAUGCUGAGUUCUAAGGAGGCUGGUUUUCUGAUGGGUGCAUCUUGCGGAGGGGGCAACAUGAAGGUGGAUGAUGCAGCCUACGAGAGCAUGGGUCUUCGCCCGCGGCAUGCGUACUCCAUAUUGGACGUACGAGAUGUACAAGGAUGCAGGCUGCUGCGACUCCGCAACCCCUGGGGUCGUUUUUCCUGGAACGGCAGCUGGUCUGACGAAUGGCCCCACUGGCCUGUGCACUUGCGGCAUGAACUGAUGCCCCAUGGGAGCAGCGAAGGAGUCUUCUGGAUGGAGUACAGUGACUUUAUCAGGUACUUUGACUCAGUGGACAUCUGCAAGCUCCAUUCGGACUGGCACGAGGUCCGCGUUCAGGGUACCUUCCCCAACAGGGCCAGUGGGCCUGUAACUGUCACCUCGUUGACCGUGCUGGAGCGUGCAACCUUGGAGUUCGCCCUUUUCCAGGAAGGCAGUCGGCGCUCAGAUGCAGUGGACAGCCAUUUGCUGGAUCUGUGCAUCAUGGUCUUCCGAGCCACUUUCACCAACGGCAACAAGCUGAGCCUCGGCCGCCUGAUGGCGCACAGCAAGCGUGCUGUCAAGAAAUUCGUCAACUGCGAUGUUAUGCUGGAGCCGGGCGAGUAUGCCGUAGUGUGCUGCGCUUUCAACCACUGGAACACACCCGUCUCAGGCACCUCUGCUGGCCAAGUGUCCAGUCCCACCACUGGCAGUGGAUGCCCCACUGCCGACCUGUCCAGCUACAUCUUGGCCAUCUACAGCUCCCGCUUGGUGAUGGUGGAGCAGAUUGAAGCCCAGUCAACCACACUGGCCGACGCCAUCAUUCUCCUGACAGAGAACAAGGGUGAGCGACACGAGGGGCGUGAAGGGAUGACAUGUUACUACCUGACUCAUGGCUGGGCAGGUCUCAUAGUCGUGGUGGAAAACCGACAUCCCAAAUCUUACCUGCACGUCCAGUGCGACUGCACAGACAGCUUCAAUGUGGUGUCGACGCGGGGCAGCUUGAAGACGCAAGACAGCGUGCCCCCACUGCACAGACAGGUACUGGUGAUUUUGUCUCAGCUGGAAGGCAAUGCCGGCUUCUCCAUCACCCACCGCCUGGCCCACCGCAAAGCCACUCAGGCCUUCCUGAACGACUGGAUGUCAACCAAGGGGACGCACAACCCGCCACUCACUCCUGAUGUGGCGGGCCUCCAUGGGCCCCGGCCGCUAUGACAAACGGCCCCGCCCCCCCUGCCGCUCUUCCGCUUCUGCCUUUUUUCAGGACCCAUCUGCCUCGGGUAUUGCCCGAGCCGCCGUUACUGAGCCGUCAGGGUUGAGGAGGAGGAGGAGGAUGACAUUGGACUGGGUGUCUCAAGCCAAGCACCUUUCCUCCUCCCCCCUAGGAGUCAGGCAGGGAGCUGCUCAGGUUCCCCCUUCCCUUACAAGCCCCCUCUCCCCUCCCCUCCCCACAGAUCAUGCACUUUAUCCAGAGCUGCUGUCAAGAUAGGAGACCAAGGGAAUUUCACAGUCUCGAAGAGGGCGAGUCCCACCGCGUGGAUGCUCCUGGACAACAGAAUCCCGGGGCUGGCCCUCCCUGCAGCCACCAGAAGCCCCUGUGGCUGCAACAAUAUACCUCUGGCCACUGUAUCUCUGUGCACAUGUGUGUGUGUCUGCCUCGCCCCACUGUUAAUUGUGUUGGCUGGGUCCUGCAGUGGGGUGGGCUGAAGUCAGGGGAGGGGGGAUAUGUAGCCCCUUCUCUCUCUCCCUCUCCCUCUCUCUCUCGGAUUGCCAUAGACAGCAAGGCACUGAUUUCCCCAAGCUGGGUCUCCUUUCCGUUCUAGCGCUAGUUAGCAACAAACAUUUGGGGCAUCCAUUGAAAAGACCAUAGUGCUGUUCAGACCGACAUACCUGUAUUUGCCUCCCUCUCCCUGGGACAGUGGAGUCGCAAAGCAGGCUUGUGCAACAUGGGCUCAAGCCAUCCAUAUGGUUGGCUUACUCACCUAGGGUGAGCAGCAGUUCUUGCUGGGCGAGUCGCAGGCUCAACUCAGAACACUCCUGCUGUCUUGCCGUGCACAUGGUGGGGGGAAGGUGAGCUUUUGAAAAAGCUUGCAUGGGCUGAUAACUUUUUUUUAAUGUAAUUCUGUGCACAGCUGGCCUCAGUAUGUGCAAUGGACUUGUUUAACUAUGUAGGGCUAUGGACAAGGAUCCCUUUUCCUACGUCCUUGGUUUCUGUCCAUAAGAAGGCUUAUGUAAAGAAAGGCAGGUGGGCAGUGAGGCAGAAGAAACAUCCCUUUCCGUGCCAGCUAAAAGCCAUUUCUCUCAAUCCACAUGAGGCACAGCUGGAGGCUUGUGCCUCUGGGACUUAAAUGUAGUAUUCUGUUUCUGCAAUGGGCAAGAGAUUUGCCUGUUCGGGGCGGGGGGCACUCUGGUGUGUGCUGUAGUCUCCAAGGACAGAGCUGCUUGGAUCUUGCACAAGGGCUACGGAGUUCAUUUAUAUGGCACUUACAAGCCAUAUAGUAGGGAGAUGUCGGGGCACUAGCCAUUUCUAUUCCCAGCAGUCCACUGGCCAUAGGGGAGCUGCGACACAGCUUGGAAGUGGGGGACCAGGAGGCAGCCAUCUUCACCAAGGGUGCCUUGCAGUUGAGCACUAAUUCGAAAGCCAGCGGGACAAGUGUGCCGCAAAACGUUCCCACCUUGGUUCAGAAACAGCCUUUUUUGCUCUUUACCCAUCCGGUUUGGCGUUGGAUGCUCCACUCUCCCUCCUCUGAUCUUUGCAAACAACGCUUGUUUUUAACCCUUCUGUCACGAUAGCCUCCCACCCAACCUGAGGAGAGAAGCCUUGCGCUGGGAAGGGACCGGCCGAGGCAGUGGGACAGAGAUGCCCUGUGGAGCCUGAGGGUCACGUGUCGGUCCUUGGCUGAGAGGGGAUGGGUGUGAUGGGUAUGGCUACUGGUGGCCUGGGGACUCGGUAACAGGGUAUCAAGGACAGGGUUUCGGGUCCACACGGUGGGCUCGGGCACAGGGUCACCGGGGGAGGGGAGGGUGGCGUUUUCUUGCUCACUUAAUCGAUUCGGGCACAGGGUUGAUGGUGCGCAUCCCGGGAAGAGUUUGAGGCUCAUGUGCAGCAGGGUCUCCCCCCGUUCUGUGGCUCUCCGUGCCCGGCAUCAGACCGAUCCCUGUUCCUUGGUAGGAGCCGACAUGCACAAAAAGAGUUCAUUCAGCUCCCUCCCUGCACACGCAUACAAUGCGCUGACCUGUGGGUUUGUAGUGCGUUAGAGGGUGAGCGGAAAGGCAAAAAGAGUUUUGGACAGCGGUUCCAGACCUCUUCCGAAAAUCUCUGCAGGUGACUUAGUUUGGAUUGAACCUACCCCGAUCCCCCCUACCUCUCAUUCAGUUCUGCAGGUUGGUGGGAACAGACAACACCUGUGGCCGGACCUGACUGUUAGCACUUCCCACGGUGGAGUUCCGUGGCUCUCUUUUUGGCUUCACGGGGCUCCAGCACAGGUGGGAAUGCUGCCAUUUAUUUGGGGUGAGGGGAAAGACCACCAAAGUCAAAGAGCACCCUAGAGAUACGCCAGGCCGAGAGAGCAGCUCUUCCCUUUCUGCGCGGUGCUCUUGCUUGGCCAAAAGGCGGCUCUCGGUCGGAACUGUUCUUUCAGAACUGUGCAUCGUGUUUUCUAGAUUUCUAGUUUUUCAGGCAGGAGAUGGACCCUCAUGGCUCACCAGGGUGAAGCCCCCAUCCCUGAAGGUGGAAGUAGGGGACGUCUCUGGGCACCCUCAGCACUGGCAAGGGAAUGGUGUGUCUGCAUGUCUGCCUCCCUUGAGCCAAGUUUCAGUUUAUCUUCCAAGGAUGGUUUCCCUUUUCCCCCAGCAGAGCUCCUGUUCUUUUAAUAGCUGCAUGGCAGGCAGAAAUUCCACAGGGGAAGGUUCCCCCACCACACACAAAUAAAGUGGUUCAUUUGUGCCUGCCGUGUAACUGCUUAAGGCUUAGGUGCCUUGCCUGGAGAAGGCAGCAACUUCCUCUUUCUUCCAGUGGAGGCUAGCAAGUUUGCACUAGGGGUCGUCUUGCAGUGUCUUCUGGGAAAUGUAGUUCUUUGUAGUUUUAAGGCAGGGGCACCUGAAACCUGCUACUGUGUUGCGGGAGGGGAGGGGUUGGAGGGGACAGGGUUGUCUCAUGUGCAUGCUCUUUCUCAAAGGGGAUGGGUGCCUGCCAGUUCUUUGAGAGGCAGCCAGCACCCAGUGUCAUCAGAGGUCCAGUAACGCAGGGAGAGGUGGUUGGGCGGAAGGGGCCGAACUGCAGCCGGGCCUCUGAAAGCACCUGCCUCCUGGUUGCCUCUGCACUGCGCACCGAAACAGGUUUUCUACUUGUUCCCCUCUGUCCCGGAGAGCCUUGGCAGGAUAAGGAUCUUGGAACAGAGAAUUCUCCGCUGUUUCACAAAGCCCACCUCCCCACCAGGAUUCAGGGCAGGAGGGUAGAGAAAGGACAUUUCUGCCUGGUCUGGAACCACUCCAUUUGUAGCACAGAAGAGGAUCUUUCUCCCGGGAAGCAGAUGUUGAUUGAACUCUUGGGCAGCUGCUGAGCUGGCUUCCGGAGCCUAAAGAAGGGCAGAGUUGAGGGCUUAAACUGGACUUUUGGGGUACAGCAUCGCAGUGCUGUAUCGUACUAGGAAAUCCCCCCAUCACCCAAUUUCCAUUUCCUCUCCAUCUUAAUCAGGUAGCAAUGAGCAAGAAGUUUCUUUCGUUGGUCCCUUCGGUGCCCGCCCUCCCACAUCCUCAUCUCUCGUUCAUCUGGUUUCCACCUUUCCCCGGAAGGGCUCCUUGAGGCCAGGGGGUGGCCCAGCCUGUCUUUGUUUUGACUCUGUUGAAAUGUCUUUCCCCUUCCAAUGUGUCUCGUCUUUUUGUUCCCUCUCCGAGCUGUGAAUAAUUUUUAACCAUGUAAAUAUUGUCCAGCUCUUAAGAAAACAUAGGAUAUUUUAUCAAUUGUAAAUUGAUACCUGUAAUCGGUUCCCUGUAUAAUAUGAAAUAUCCCAUGGGUGGUUUUCAAACUCAGGUUCCAAAGGACCAAAUAAUAAAAAGAAAGUUUUGUUUUUUAA